AUGGAAGUGAAUGGCGGAAAUACCGAUCUUAGCAUUAGUAACAUUAAUCGUAUUGGUAUCGGCUGCAAACGACGCCAGAACGGCAGGGAAGACGAAACAAACAAGGAAAAGGAAGACUAUAGCGCAUGGCACGAAUGUAGCGAAAGAAAAGCCUAUUACAAAAUGAGAUGGAAAACGAAAAGAGUAUUGUUAUGUGGUCGUACAGUCCUGAUAUCAAAAGUCUGGGAAGAAAUUAGAAUUGUUGGAAAGGUUCAAGGAGAGAAAGUGCAAGAAGUUGACGGUAUCGAAAUUCGACAUCAUGAUAACCAGUUAUUCACUACGUUGUAUGACGGUGAAAUAGCAAACUUUGGAGCGAAAAAUACAGAUGGAUCGUGCAAGGUAAUAGCCCUUUUCCAGUGUUGCUCAUUAUAUGUUAUUGAGCUGUAUAUCAGUCUUCCAAAGGUGAAGGUUCGUACCGCUCGAGAAAUUCAUGUAGCGAAAGAUCUCGAGCUUCUUAUUGCCGAGGAGGAUAUCAUGAAAACUACGGACGGAGAAGUCCAGAAGUUUUUAGAAAUAGUAGGGUUAAAGAUGAAUCCAACGAAGUGUGCCACUAAUACUGAGGCAUGCGCUAUUGAAGUGUACUCUUGA